GUUUUUAUUUGUUUGUUUACCCAUGGAGGAUUGAGUAAACUCUUUGCAUCCACUAAAAUAAAAGGAAAUCUAUUUAUAAAAACAUAUAUAAACAGUAAAAAUAAGAACCUUGAAAAAGUUUUUUGUUUUUUUUUGGUAGAUAAAAUUUAGUGCUCUCCCUCUUCUUCUCAACCAAGAAGAAUAUGUCUGAAACCUAAUAAUCUCUGAAUCUCUCUCUCCCUCUUUCAAUUUUUUUUCCCCUGAUUCUCUCUCUCUCUCUCUCUGUUAAGAGAAAAUGAAAAACUCAAUGCGAUAAAGGCACUGGCGCAUUAACAGAGUUGCAGAAUCUAAAGUUAUAACCAGAAAGCAUUCCUCCCGAGACAUGACGACAACCGUGAAAGGCCUUCUCAAGGGCCUUCGCUACAUUACUCAGAUUUUCGACGAAGAGAAGGACCAGGGUAUGCAGAUCGGUUUUCCCACCGAUGUAAAGCAUGUCGCCCACAUAGGAUCCGACGGUCCCGCAGCAAAUACGCCAAGCUGGAUGACUGACUUCAAACCACAAGAAAACGAGAACGGCCAAGUGGUUUCCCGAGGAGAUGCCAAUAACAAUCCAGUAGGAGAAGGAGUUGGAUUACAAGAGUUGUUGCCUCCUCCCGAGAAACCGAAGCACAAGAAGACGAGGCGUAAAUCUGAGACGGCCUCGCAAAACGGUUCUCCGCCUAGGCGAAGCAGCAACGUGUCUUCAUCGGAUAUGCUACCGAAACACUCGAGACGUCACCACAGGAGUAGGCACGGGUCGAUAGAUUCAUCGAAUGAUCCAUCAGUCAGUAGGAGGCGUGCUGCCUCGGUUACGGUUAACGACAUGGAAGGUUCUUACCCUCUUUCAGACAGCUCUACUCAUCAUAGAAGGUCCACAUCACGUCACAGGAAGGUGAAAGGAUCAGGAGGAGGAGAGCUAUCCCUGAAGAAGACGAAAGCAAAACCCGAGAAUCCUAUUGUUCAACCAGUCGAUGUAUGUAACGAUAAUACCAGCGACAAAGACUAAGAACAUAGAAUGGUCUUGGUCACCCUCUGAGUGUGUAUCGUGAUUCUUGACUGUCCCAUAGAGAAAAACAUAUUUGUUUCACACAUACGAUGAUUAACCACCAGUGGGGUGAUGAAAUCAUAGGAGAGGUUCUAGUUGUUGCAGUUCUGGUCGAAACAGUGAUCAUUGGAUGAUUCUACUGAAGAAGAUUAAAGCUAGGGAUUAAAAAAAAAACGCACUUUUGAAUUUUCUUAAUAGUUUGGCGAUGUUAGAGAUGGACUAAACUAGGUAUUGGCGACAAUGGCAAGAGUUGUAGCAUAUUCAACUAUUGCGCGAGGAAGACAAUAUUGUGAUAAGAAAUUCCAUAAAGACUAGCGAAUUGAGUAGGAUAAUGUAUUGGUGAUAUCAUGAGUACCAAAAACGAUGAACAGAAAUGUACAUACCUCAAAAAGACUAAUCAACAAUAUUCUACUUCUUACGAAGAUCAAUGCCAGCUUUCUUGGCAACAGCGUCGAGACCGUUUUUCUCAAUGGUCUUCAAGGCCUUGGUCGAUAGCCGUAGUUUCACAAAACGUUUCCCAGCUUCCCACCAAACUUUUUUGUAUUGCAAGUUUACGAAUUGCAACUUCUUGGUCUUGUGGUUAGAGAAGGAUACUUUGUUCGCUCUGUUUGCCUUCUUCCCAGUAAAAGGGCAGAUCCUACGAGCGACGAUAGGUUGGAGGGAGGGAGCGGAAGGUAAAGCAAUACGAUUGAUGACGUCACUGCAACCAUGUGAUAUUCUCACGCCACUGAGUUGGGAGGUCAGAAAACCGAGUUCCGUUGAUGUCGCCACUGAUUUCGGCCGAGUAACGGAAGCAAUCCGCAGCCAUGGCCCUUGCGUCGCCAUUGUCGCCAUUUUUCUCAAGAGUUCACACAAAGGAUGUGAAGGGAAGAGAUAGAGAAUGGACCAGCACGGCGCCGUUUAACACUGAAAUGUG